AAAAUAUAAAAAGGACUUGAUUGCUUUCGAAACUGGACUUUUUUUUCUUCUCAUUAUCAAUUCAAUUACUUAUCAAACAAACUACUUUUUUAACAAAAAAAACUACUUUAACUUAUUUGUAACUCAAAAGAAUAAAAUAAACAAUGGAUUCUCCUAGUACAAGAGGCAAUGUCAUUAGUGCUUUUGUAGCCGAUCCCUAUGUCAGAUCAGCUUGGAUCGCUUUCUUUACACUCUGGGUUCUCUGGGGUUUAACUUAUUUCCUUCGUCAUGUCUUUGCUCGUGAUAAUACGGUUGGUAAUGUAAAUAAAGGCACAGGUGCUGAUGUUGAUCCAGAGGUUGGAGGCACAACUGGUAAUGCUCCUGGUGUUACAAAUACUACCGAGACAUCUCAUAAGAGAAAGUGGUAUUCAGGUGGCUCCAAUCACAACACAACUACAAAUACACAUAAUUCUUUAUAUGAUCGUUUCGCAAGAGCUCAUGAAAUCUUGAAGGAAAAUACUCUUUUACUUUUAUCCGUCUUGGUUUUGAACACUUUUGGUGCAGGUUCUACUCGUGCUGUUAUGAUCUUGGCAUGGAUUUAUUUUGCUUUUACCUGUCUCCAUGCAUUUACUGAAGUUGGAUAUCAUCAUCAUUAUAUUCGUUUACUCUUCAAUGUCCUCUUCUUUGCUCUUACACUUGCUAUGGGUGGUCUUGCUUUCCAUCUUGGAUGGCAUACAUUUGGCUCCAUUUUCUAAUCUAUUUAGUAUUUAAUAAUAAUCUUUAUUCAUUUUAAUUUCCUUCACUUAAUGCCCACACACACAUACACAUAUACACAUUCCCCUAUCCCCUAUCCCCUUUCCCCAUCCCCUCCCCUCCCCUCCCCUUUUCCACUUGUCUUUUUUAUUUUUUAUUUUAACACUAAUGUACUUACUUUUUAUUAAUAAUAAUAAUAAUAAUGAUAAUCUUAAUAAUCUUAAUAAACUUUUUGGGCAAAUAAUUGAAUAUACAUUUGUUAGCAGCAGUUAUUCAAUGUUGUUACAACAUCUAUUAUGACAGGGUCAUUCUUUAUUACUUGUGGGAUUCUGCAUAAAAUAAAAUAAAAUAAACUUUUGUUGCAUAUCUCGCGAUUUAUAAGUAACACGUCAUUG